AUGCAGCUUUACGUCCCCUGGCCCCAGUGCCAAGGGCGGGACUUCCGCCUUCCUCCUCGUGGUGGACAUUUUAACUUUUUAGGUCUUUGUUCACAGACUCACAGGCUUCAGGACGCUGGUCGUGAGGAGGAGGCGGCCUGGAAGGCAGCGCGCCUGCUGUGCGGGGUGUGUCUGAGGCUCCUUGAGCCCAACAGCCCGAGAUUGGCGUCCCCGUGCCUCCCGGACUCCUCUCUGCUCACAGCGUCCCCGCAGCCUGACCCCAUUUCACCCUCCAGCCUUGGGGACCGGCGCCUCUCAGGUCCCGCCGCCCAGGUCCCCGCGCUCAGAAUGGAUGUGAACUUUGAGGACGUAGUCAUUGCCUUCUCUCCAGAGGAGUGGGGACUCCUUGAUGAGGCUCAGAAACUUCUGUACUACAAUGUGAUGCUGGAAGUGUUUGCAUUUGUAUCAUCUGUAGGUGGCAGCCUGUUCCGUGUUAUGGUCUUUACCUACAUGAACCAUGGGCUCUUGUGUAAGACCCUUAUUCAACUGUUUGUAAUAUUUUAAUCCCUUAAUACUAUAGCAAGCUGUGUUGCUCUGGCCCAGUGCAGACUGCUCCCUUCUGUAUCACCUGUUCUUCUGCACUGGUGCCUCUGCAGUAUUCUACAACAUUGACUUGCACAUGUGUUAUGAGUUGCACAUAUGUGCUAAGUAGUCCUUGAAACCAGCUACUCCUUUAUUAAAUUUUACUUGGAGUAAGAUGGAACCGACCUCUUGCACAGCUCGCCCCGCUCCCCAGCAGAUAAGCCCUGCUGAAUGCUGUUAGUUGAAGGAUGAGCUGGAGAACCAUAUUCUAAUCCAGUGAUGGCGAACCUAUGACACGCGUGUCAGAGGUGACACACGAACUCAUUUUUUUGGUUGAUUUU